AUGGGUCAAAGCCGAAAGGACGUCGAAGCUACCGAGGCUGGUAUGCCUCAAAAAUUCCACUACAGAGAUACUACCCUGCCGACAUGGCGGUUCUGGGUCCUCAGUGUUGGGCUUUGCCUUGGACUGUUUCUUUCAAUGUUGGACGCUUCCAUUGUCGCUACAAGUCUGUAUACAAUCGGCACAGAGUUCGACUCAAUGGACAUCAUCAACUGGGUUGUCUUGGCCUACACUCUCACAUACUUGAGUUGUGCGGUACUGGUUGCACGAGUUUCCGAUGUUGUGGGUCGUCGGAAUGCUUUUCUGGCAAGCUUCAUUAUAUUCUUUGCCUUUUCAUUGGGCUGUGGCUUUGCUCAGAGCCUGGAGCAGUUAGUUGCAUGCCGCGCUCUCCAAGGGCUAGGUGGAUCAGGGCUAUACUCCAUGACGAUGAUCAUCUUCCCAGAGGUCGCACCGAAGCAUUUGCUCCAGUUUGUUUCCAGUCUUGUCGGUAUGGUCAUCGCCAGUGCUGGUGUGCUUGGGCCAGUUUUGGGAGGAAUUCUCACCCACUAUGCUUCCUGGAGAUGGAUAUUUUGGAUAAAUGGUCCCAUCGGCUUUGUCUCGCUCCUUGUCUUUUAUUUGGCGUGGCCUGAUGCUAAGUACCUCCCGACUUUGCAGCGUAGAACGUGGAAGGAGUUGGAUUUUGUAGGAUCCAUCCUCCUCGUCACCGCAUCUGUACUUGUUGUCUCUUCCUUCCAGAACAUCGGCACGGACAGUGACAAAUGGACACAAGCCGUCUUCAUCGCACCGGUCACUGUUGGCAGUAUAUGCUUCAUGCUGCUGCUGGGCUGGGAGACACUAAUUCCCAAGCUACGGAAUAAUCUCAUUAUGGCGGCCAUCCCGAUCCGUCUUCUGCGCAAUCGCGUGUACCUCGCCACCAUCUUCAACACGAUGUUGCUAGGCUUUCCGUAUCUUCUGACCAUCUAUGCAUUUCCCAUCCAUUUGCAGAUAGUCAACGGCAAGAGCUCGCUAAUUGCCGGUGUGCUUUUGCUGCCUAUGUUGGGAUCUGUCGCUAUGGGUACCGCACUCGGCGGGAUUGUCAAUAAGAGCAAGAAUCGCCUUUUCGAGACCAUGGCAGUAGCAAGCUGCUUUAUGGCUCUUGGAUGUGGCUUGAUGACGACGUUAUCGUCAUCUGUCGAUCUGGAACCCAAAGCACUUGGCUUCCUUACAUUUGUUGGCUUUGGCUUUGGCUUAUCUGCCACUUCAUCCACCAUCCUUGGAGCAACAGAAUCAGAGAUUUCAGAUCAUGCGCCUGCACAGGCAAUCAUAGCACAAGUACGGAUUCUCGGCGGCAGCUUGGGCAUAGCGGCGUCAACGGCGAUCCUGGGCAGUUUCAUACGAAAAGAUUUGACCGGCGUGGUUAGCCCGGAGUAUUUAUCAUCAGUUCAUGGAGUGGGCAUGAGUCUGACGGAGGCGCAAGCCGCGGCCGUGCGCCAAGCCUACACAGACUCUUUCCGGAAAGACAUGCAAGUGGGGACAAUAUUGUCGGGCAUAGCAAUCCUUCUCAGUUUGGGGAUCUACCGCCGAAACCGGGUUACAUUCGAGGAGCAACGACAGAUGCAAAUUAAGACCGAGGUGGAGCGGCGCCGGAGAGCAUCGGCGGCGACGACGUUGGUGUCUUCGACUACCACGGACUGA